AUGGAGGGAUACCAUGGUGCAGAGUGUGACCGGGCAUCUGAGACCUCCUCCUUCAUAGAGGAUGAAGAAGAGGAGGAAGAAGAGGAGGAGGAAGAAGAGGAGGACGAAGAAGCCGUGGACCCAGAGGAAGCAGAGGAGCUGACUCACAGCUUGCAAGAUGUCAUGCAGAAGGAAAAUAUCAAAAAAAAUUAAGUGAUACAAAACCUGCAGUACAUCAUGACUAAUCCCUCCUUUUCGAUGGUAACAGUUCAAAGUGAAGAUAGUGGGAUAACGUGGGAAACCAGCUCAAGCAGAUGUUCUACUCCCUGGACUUCAGAAACCAGUACAACUUCUGAUCUUUACAGUAUGGAAAGUUCACCAGUAGGUUCUCCUCCAGGAAAAGUUAUCUUUAUUAUGGAUGAAGGUAAAAUUGUUCGGAAAAGGAAGCGUAAACCUUCAAGUAGAAUGCCAUUGCCCACACAUGUGAGAGGAGGUCAGGGCAAUAAGAAACGCGAUUCUUCUGGAAUGCAGAGACAAGAAUCAAGAACUGUUCUAGGAGAUGUGCAGGACUCAGUGUUAAAUGUUGAACUGAUGGAAGCACACGACAUGGAUGAAGAAAUGUUGGAGGACGAAGAAGAUUUGGAGAAUAUUGCAGAACAACCAGUAAAACGUGUUCCAAUAAGAUCAAUAUUUAGAGAAAGCAGACUGAGGAAGGUAGGGCCGAUCCUUGGAGGACCAGUAAAAUCUAGAAUCCAGCUGUUCAAUUCAAUUUUUGGAGGGACUGGGCCACUCCCUGAAACACUAGAAAAAAGUAGAAUCCAAAGAAAGAGCUCUGUUCCAGUAGAAUCUGAAUGCUUCCUUGAAGCAUCAGUAAAAGAAAGAUCGCAUAGGUUUAUUUCAGAAGCAACGCAUAAAAAAUCUUUCCAGAGAACAAGUAGAAGUCUUGAAACAUCAUCAGAAAGAAGAAGGAAUCAAAAGCAGCAAUCCACAGCACAUUCAAAUCAAAGCUAUUCUUCAGUAACACCUCUUGAAAAACAGUUUACUAGUAAAGAUGUUUCAUUUCAAAAUAUUAAACCUGUAAAAACAAAAGAUAAACCAAGCAAGUAUUCAAAGUCUGGUGAAGAAACAACUUUUCAACACAAAGAAAGAAGAGACGGGUGGUCUCAACUGGAGAAUCUGAAUCAGGAAUCAAGGCAGUCACAAACGUUCAGCCCUCCCGAAGUAGCAAGGAAGCAGCAAAGUUACUCAUAUUCACCUGCAGCUAGCAGGGCAAUAACAGAACAGUUAACAACUACUGCACUAGAGUCUGAUGAUAAAUCAGAUGAACAAGUGUCACUUCCUUCAAAUGAAACUGCAAAUAAGAAGCCAGAUCAAUCACUGCUGACAGCAUCAAAUCUUCUAGAUGAACCAAAGGAGCUAGAGAUUCAGCCCAGUUCAACACUACUGUCUGUUUCAGCAGAUGCUGUUAACAAAUUAGAUAGACAAAGUACCCAACCUGCAGAAUCCACACUGGAACAUCUUGAGAAGGAAAUACAGAAGUCAGCAGCUGAAUCUUACUUACCUAAUGCUCCGUUAGCUAAACCCAGUUAUGCCACUCCGUCUGAAACAAGACAGGAACAUAUUAUGACUCAGUCAUCAGAAACUGCACAAUCAGAGUCUGAACAUGUGCUUUUACCACAUUCUGUAGAUGUAAUAGAGAAGCAAGAAACUGAGUAUCACUCAUCAGCAACUGCACAGGCAGAAACUGAACAUUCUGGUCUAUUGUGUUCUGUUAAAAAGAACGAGAGUCAAAGGACCCCACUACCAGAAAUGCAAAAUAUUUACUUAGAGAAACAAACAGAGUCAGAACAAGACUUAUUCUUUGCUCAAGAAGCAGAGCAGCAAGUAAUCAAACUAAAUUCACAUACACCUGAAAAGAUGGAUUCUAAGUAUUUUGGCAUUUCAUAUCCUGUUUGCACAGAAACACAAGAAACUCAGAAAAGACCUGUUGUAUAUAAAGCAAAAGGUUUAGAUCACCCUGUCUUUUCUGUUGAUAAAAACAAUCAAGCAGAGAGUGCACAAAUGGAGAUGGAAUAUCCAGACUUUUCAUACUCCAGUGGACAAAGUCGGGAAUCAGAGAGACCACAAACAGGGACAGAGCAUCCAGAUUUCUCUUUUUCCAAGGAAGUAACAGAGGAAUUGGAGAGUGCACAGCUAAAGACAGACAAUCCACAUUCCUCAUAUUCCAGAGAAGAAACAGAUAAAUCAAAGAGUUCACAAGGGGAGACAGAGCAGCCAGAUUUUUCAUUUUCCAGGGAAAAAGUGGAGGAAUCAGAGAGUACACAGCUGGAGUCAGAACAUCCAGAAUUCCUUUUUUCCAAGAAAGACAUAGACAAAUCAGAGAGUCCACACCAGGAGACAGAGUAUCCAGAUUUCUCAUAUUCCAGGGAAGACAUGAUUGAAUCAGAGAGUACACAGUUAGAGAUGGAGCAGCCAGAUUUUUCUAGGAAAGAAGUAGAGCAUUCAGAGAGUGCACAGUCUAAGAUAGAGCAUCCAGAUUUCUCCUAUUCCAGGGAAGAAGUGGUGGAAUCAGAGGAUGCACACAUGAAGAUGGAGCAGCCAGACUUUUCACUUCCCAGGGAAGAAAAAAAGGAAUUGGAAAGUACACCACUGGAGACCACGCAUCCAGAAUUUGAUUUUUCCAAGGAAGAUAUGGAGGAAUUGGAGAGUACACAGAUGGAGACAGAGCGUCCGGAUUUCUCUUAUUCUAGGGAAGAAGUGGUGGAAACAGAGAGUGCACAGCUGGAACAGACAGACUUUUCUUUUCCAGGGGAAGAAAGAGAGGAAUCAGAGAGUGCACAGCUAGAGACAGAACAUCAGGACUUUUCAUUUUCCAAGGAAGAAACAGGAGGGCAAAAAUCUAUUCCCUUUGAACUGGAACAGCCAAAGUCUUACUCCCCUGAAGAAGCAGAGCAAGAAAGAACAGCACAGCUUGAGUUGGAACCUUCAGACAUAUCCUAUUUGAUGGAAGAAGCUGAGAAAGAAGACGCUACAAAACUAGAAUUAGUACAUCCAGAUAUACAUGAUUUAAGUGGAAGAGAUAGGAUGCAGCAAAUGGGGAAUAAGGAAACAAGACAUUCAGAUUUACCACAUCCACAGGAUGAAACAAAGCAUCAAGAUUUGGCAGAAGUACACAUUGACAAACCUCUGGAAAACACUGGAAAAAUGGAACAAGAAAAUAGAGUUCAAAGAGGGCUGGAAGAACUAGUAGAAAUUCAGCCAAAAGCUACACAAGAGGAACUGGAUUAUUCAGAUUUGCCAGAAAUCUGGGGGAAAGUAGAAACACAGGACAUUGACCAAAUGAAUUUGGCACAGCAAGAAAUAACUGAACCAGAGUUAGAGCAUCCACCUGUGCCAUAUUCUUUCAGUGAACUAAUGCAAGAAGAAAAGAAAAUAGAACCAGCAUAUCCAGAACGCACAUUUUAUGCAAGUAUAGACAUGCAAGAGGAAGUGACGCAACAGAAAACAAAGCAACCAUUUAUUUCAUGUUUCACUGGAAAAACAGAACAAGAUGAAAUAAUGCAUCCAGAGCAGGAGCAAGUAUCUGUACCCUUUUCUAGUGGCAAAGAAGCACCACUGGAAAUGAAAGUGGGUACAGAAUACCCAGAUUUGUCAUAUUCCUCUCACGGAACUGAACAAGAAAAGUUUAGACAUCCAACCUUGCCAUUCGGUUCGAAGGAACAAGAAACACCAUCAGUGAUAGAACAUCCAGAUCUUUCAUGCAAGACUGGUGAACUGAAACCAGGUGAUACCAUACAGGGGUCAGAGUAUCCAGAGUAUCCAGAGAAGUCUUACUCCAUGGAAGAAAUGCAACAAGAAUCAGAACAUUUAGAUUCACCAGAAACCUUGGGCAGAGCACAAGAUCAAACUGUGGAGGUGGAAUCUGAUUACCCAAAUGUAUCAUGUCCUGAUGGCCAAAAAAGCCAGCAAGAAACUUCACAGCUGGUUUCAAAAUAUCCAGAUACGUUGUUUUCCUUCAGUAAUUUUAAAGAACAAGCAACUCAAGAGUUUGACUCAAAGCAUGAAGAUUUUCCUAGGGUGACCAGGAAAGGAGAUUUACCAGGAUCUGAACAAAUAGACUCAAGAUAUCCAGAUUUGACAUAUUCCUCUGGAAAAGCAGAGGAGCCAGAAAUUGCACAAUCAGAAGCAAGGCACUCUGACUUGUCACAUUCCACCAGUGAAACAAACAAACAAGAAGCAGCACUGUUGGAUCAGAAACACAGAAAAAUUUCUGUUGACAGUGAAAAGCAGCAGCAUACACCAGAAGAGCAGGUAGAGCAAGAAAAUUCUUCUAGCAAAACAGAGCAGUUAAAAUAUGCUGAAGACUGCUUUGAGAAACAAGCUUUAUCAUUUUCCACUGUUAGGCCACAUGAGAAAAUGGCUUUGACAGAGACAGAACAUGCUGAUGUGAUAUAUCCUCUGGAAAAAGCAAAAGUGCAACAAAGAGUACAACUAGAAUCAGAGCAAAUGGAUUUAACUUACCCCUUUGAAAAAGCAGAACAGAAAAUCACUCAGCCAGAAGUGGAAAGUUCUAAUUUGGCCCAUUCUAUGGGUACAGCAGAACUAGAAGAAAUAGCAGAACGAGAGCAGAGAUAUCCUGACCUGCCUUAUCCUGUUUUCCAAGUAGGAAAACUGCAAAGUGAAGAGCUGAAGCCUGAACAUCCCGGUCUAGCCUGUUCCUUCAACAAACUACAGGAAAGAACACAACUUAAUGUGUUGGAUGGCCAUGGCAAAACAGAAAUAGGCCCACUUGCUAAGCUGGAACUGGGCAAUGAAUAUUUGGCAUCUCCUGCUGACAAAGUGGGACAGCAAGGGAUGAUGCAUACCUUGGAAUGCCCUGAUGAGAACCAGUCUGCCAGCAGAGCAGAGCAUCCACAACCAACAGAUGAGAAACCAGAAGUUCCAGAUAUAUUGUCUCAUAGUGGAAAAGAAGAGCAAAGAGGAAGGGCAAAACCAGCACUGAAGCAUCCAGAUUUAUCAUAUUCCAUUCAUGGAACACAGCCACAAAAAAACACACAGCUGGAGUUAGGAAAACCAGAUCUAGCAACUUGGCCUGGCAAAACAGAACAAGCACAAGAUGCUCAAAAGGAGCAGUCAGGCUUCUUACAUUCUUUCAACAAAGAAGAAGCACAACCAGAAAUGGGAUGUUCACAGUUAUCUUAUUCUGUUAGUGAAAUAGAACAAGAAAUUGCACAUGAGGAAUCAAUCCAUUCCGCUUUAUCUGCUGGCAGAUUAGAAGAGCAUGAAUUCAUACAACCAGAGGCAGAAAUAAUGGAUUUAUCAUGCUCAGUUGGUGAAACACAGCAGACUCAAAUAGAUGAACUGGAUUUGGAGUAUCCGGAUUUAUCACAUUCCACUCGUGCACUACAGAAACAAGAAGAGAUCCAACCAGGGCUGGAAGAGCCAAGUGAUUUUUCAUCAUCUCUCAGAAAAGAGCAAAGGGAAAAUGCAAGAAUGCAGGCAGAACCCUCUGAGUUUCAGUGCUCUGUUUGGAAAGCAGAUAGACUGCAAGAUUCGCAGGUGGAAUCAGAGUGCACAGAUUUGUCAUUCUCUGUUAGCCCAGCAGAAGCUCAUGAAACAACAAAAUCGGAGUUGAAAGAACUUGAUUUAUUGCAUUCUUUCCUCAAAACAAAGCAAUCAUUGGAUUCACCAGAGCCUGAUCAUCUAAACGUCUCAAAUGCCAUGGCCAAGGUACCACACCUUGACUCGUUCUCUUCCACCAGUGAAGAAAAACAGAGUGCACAUGUGGAUUUUAAACAGGAGAGAGAAAGCUAUGCAUUACACACAGAGGGAAUGGCAAAAUUGAAAUUAGAACAGCCAACACUGUCAAGUGCUCAUGGCACAGUGGAGCAACCAGGAAGCACUUCAAUGGAAGGAGAGUUCCUGGAAACCUUGUAUUUCUCUGGUGAAAAAAGAGAAAACGAGAAAGAGAAACAAGACAUGUCAAGUCAAGAGUUAGAACAUUCGGGUUUAUUAGAUUCUACUGAUAAAACACAGCAGAAAGAAACCACACAACCCGAGUUGGGACAACUAGAUUUAUCAUCUUACUCAGGAAAGAAAGAGCAACUACAAACUGUUCACGUGGAAGUAGUACAUCAGGAGCUGCUACGUUUCCCGGGCGAAACAUAUUGGCAAGGAACAGCACAACCAGAGGUUGAACAUUCGGAUUUGUCAUAUGCCAUUGGCGAAGUAGAGCAGCCACGGGCUACACAGUGGAAAUCAGAGCAGCCUGUAACACCUCCUCACACUGGAACAACAGAUCAACAAAGAAUGGCACAUUCAGUGCAGGACAUAGGAAAACAAGAUUUUAUAUAUGACUCCGGUAAAACAGAUGAAAUACAAACUGUGCAAGGUGAACUGGAACAUACAGCUUCAUUGUAUUCUUCUGACAAAAAAGAACAAGAAAUGGUAAUGUCAGAGUUGCAACAUCCACAGCUAUCGUAUUCUGUAAGAGCAGUGGAAGAGAAAACUGCACAUCAGAAAUCAGACAACAAAGAUUCAUCGUAUUCUACUUGCCAUCAGGAGCACCACGAAAUUGUACAACCAGAGAUGGAAGAAAUGGAUUUAUCCUAUCCAACUGGCAAACCAGAGCACUCACAAUCUGCCCAGAUAGUACUGCAAAAGCCAGCAUUUUUGAAGUCUUUUGGAAAGCUGGAGGAAAAGGGGUUGGCUCAGCUUUCCUUUUUGCACUCACUUGGUGAAGAAAACCAGAAACCAUCUUCACAGUUAGACUUAACACAACCAUAUUUAUCACAUUUACUUGAUAAAGCAGAAAAACAGGAAACUGCACAAGAAGUGUUUAUGUCUUCUGAUUUCUCAUAUUCAAUGGGAAAAGCAGACCAACUGCAAACAGAACAAGUAAAAUAUCCAUAUUUUUCAUGUUCUCUUGACAAAGCAGAAACUCGUGGAGUGAAACCACUGGGUUUGUUGCCCACUUAUAGCAAAGCAGAGCAGACACAGACUGCCCAUCUGGAACAUCCAGAGACAUCACACUUUGCAGGUGAAACAGAGCAGAGGAAUGGGACCCAUCCUGAACUGCAGUGUUUUAAUUUGCCGCCCUCUGCUGUUGAAGCAGAGCAGCAAGAAACACUUUCUGUAUCUGACACCUCUGCCAGGACGGAGGAACAACAAACUGCAGAACUGAAGUCUGAACAAUCAGAUAUACUAAAUUCUACUGAAAAAAUGGAAAAGCUCAAAAUAGCUGUAUCGAGAGCAGGACAUUCAGAGAAGAGGAACACUGGGAUUAUUCUACCUCAAACUACUCCAUUGGAAACUGAACAAGAUUUAUCUUGUUCCAAUAAGGAAGCAACAAGCCAAACAACUCAGCCCUGUUCAUCUCUUACUGAAAAAUCAGUGUCUGUACCAUUGGGUGUCUCCUAUUCUGAAACAAAAAUGGAAAGAAAUCCAAAGUCUUCACCGGUACCUGGAGGCCUGUCCUCUGAGCAUUUAGAUUUGUCUUACAGCCAGUGUAAAACAGAGCCGUCAGAAACAGCACAGCCUGUGUCAGGCUUCUUUACAAGAAAAGAAGCAGAGAAUACAAGACUUCAUCUAAAUUUGCCUGUAGCUGCACAGUCGGAGGCUGAACAUGUAAUUUUACCUGAAACAGAGAGAGAACAGACUCCACAAUACUUCCACACAACUCCACAAUUAGAAUCUGAACAUUUAAAUACAUCAUAUUAUAUAGAUAAAACAGAAACUCUAGAAAGUCAGGAGUAUUUAAGUGCACCUUCAAAACCAGGGACUGAAUCUUCAGCUCCAUUUUAUUCAGUUGAUGAAACACAUCAGCAAGAAAUUCCACCUUAUUCAAAACCUGCCUCUGAUAAUUUAGUUGCCAAGUACUCCCUUGCUGAACAACAAAAGCAAAGCAUGCAGCUAGCUAUUCCCCAGUCUGCACAAUCAGAGUGUAAAUAUGUAAUUCCACCACAUGAUGAAGCAGAAUUGCAAAAAAAUCAGUUAUAUUCACCUAAACCAGCAAGCCUGAAGACAGAAGAGUUUGAGAAUAAGACUGCAUUGCACACAAAAGAACAAGAUGAACAAGAUCUCACAGAAUGUUUAUCAUUAGAGCAGCUAAGUUCCCCCAAAUUAUCUGCCAAGUGGGAUAAACAAGAGGUACAGCCAGAUACACAAAAGGUGCCACAGUUAGUGAGCACAGAGUUAAAGGCAACUGCUGUAGCAGACCAGCAAUCAGUGUCAUCAGAUACAUUUGUACCUUUUCAUGCUCCAUCUGAAAAAACAGUAUCUGUGGCCUUCACUGAUGAUGAAGAAAAACAAAAUAAAAAUAUUCCAUCAUCUCUAGCUAACAUGGUAGGCAUACCUGAAAACCAGACAAAUAGAGUUUCACGAAGUUUCACUAAAGAAGAAGAUAGACAUGAAAUGCAGCCACAUUUCACAGGGCAGAAGCAUUCAUCCUUACAGCAACUGAGAUCUGUUUCCUCAGAUCUUGUUUAUGACACUGUGGCACACAAAACUCAGCAUUAUUCUUGUGAACAGGGUACAUUUUAUUCAAUGGAGUCAAAGUCUACUUUCCCCAGUUCUAAUGAAAAGCAGAAUCCAGAUAUUCCAUCUCCUGGGCUACCCAGCUGGGUGGAAGAAGAAGUGAAAGCUCAUUCAAUUAAUCCUAUAAAAGCUAAAGGAGUAGACAAGCUUUCUCGAAACAGAGCUUCAGAUUUUGGAUCAAAGCAAUUCCCAGCUGGAAAUUUCACAGAAGUUACAGUUCAUGGCACUACAGACAAUAACGGUAAUGCAUUUAGAGUUUCUGAUUCUGAAACUGAAAUUUCCUAUGGACUGUCCUCAGAAACUGGUCACAGAACAGGAAGACAUGAUUUACCAUCUCCAGGAGCAGAUAAUCCAGGUCCAGACAAAGGUUCAGAGGGUGAAACUAGAUUUGGAAACCCUACAAAAAGGAAAGCAGCACAACAUCUGGAGGCAGACAAAAUGUCUAAUGUGCCUGAGCAUUACCUGAGACGAGAAGAAGAAGAAAUGAAACACAUGAGCACUGCAGAAGACAGUCAGCAUGCUCCAGAACCUAUUGAACAAAAAGAUCUAUUUAAUAUAAUUUCAGAAGGUUAUGAAAUACUCAAUAUUCAUGCUCCUACACAUAUUUCUUCCAUUGAUCAAGAAGAAAGUAAACAUAUGCCAGAUAAACUAGAAUACUUGGAAACAAAUCCUUCAUUUAAGAAAAAAAUAGCUCAUGAGAGACAAGAAGCUUCAGUUUCUGGAACAACAGAAAUUUCAUUGUUGGGAUUGUCUGAAAGCCACAAAGUAAAAGAAUUGGUCAAAACUGAUGAUGAUGGGGAAACUGGAGAAAUACAAGAAGAAAAUCCAGUGUUGUCGGAAAACAGAAAUCAUGCAGUCUUGGAUCCUGACAAUGGUGUAUCCGAAAUUGAUUACUUUGAAAAAUAUACCUUGAUUGAUGACAAAUCCCCAAUUAAGCCAUAUUUUGAAAGACCAAGCUCAUCACGCCCUGUGAAAGAAGACCUUACUGAACCUGCGGAACAAGCCACAUCUUCCAAAGAAACUGCUGAGGAAGAAACUUUGGAAGAGGAAUUUGCCUUACUUGAGGAUUUGGAUGAAGUAUUUUAUGGAACUGUGAAAGGAGAAAGCAAAAUGCAGUCUUAUGUGGGUACUCCAGAACCUUUUCCUCUGCAGAAAUCAAUUGAUAUUAGCAGUAAAAAAUCUACAAGUGUAGAAGAUGAACAGAAGUCACCAGGGACCCCACUAUUUGAUUCAGAAGAAGGAGUGCUAGAACGAUCUCUGUUGUUUCCUACCACUGUUGCUGCUGUUAAUCCAGAGCUUCUAGAAGAGCCACCUGCUCUAUCAUUUUUAUACAAGGAUCUUUAUGCAGAAGCAGUAGGAGAAAAGACAAAGGGUGAGACUCCUUCUGAUGAAGAAAGUGGUAACUCUAAUGCAUCUUUUCCAAGCAGAAAUUCAGACACAGAUGAUGGAACAGGAAUUUAUUUUGAAAAAUACAUUCUUAAAGAUGAAAUUCCAGGUAAAGUCUUAGAGCUUCAGGAGGAUCAGAUGCAAGAAGAUGAAUCUUUUAGUGGAGGAAUUUCAGUUCCGAGUUCAGAGGAGAAAUACAAGCAGAGGUCUGAUGAUGUUUUAAGAAGUUUUAGAACUGAGAUUCUGCCAGAGAGAGAUGUCGUGGAGAAAGUCCACAGUGACAUUAAAGCAACAAUUUGCAAACCAACGCAUGCCAUUCCUUUUGGAGGAAGAGUGAUUGUUUCAGGUGCAAGAAGUGAUGUCACUGAACAAAGAGAAGAAAAUGUUCCUGUGGAAACAACUGAGGAGUUACCAGAGCAAACAAGUCAACAAGAGUAUAGUCAAAUAGUCAAUUCUCCGGGAGCUGCACAUCAAGAAUUUAUCAAUAAGCAGGAAGAACACCAUGAAAUAACAGCAGUUCCUCAAGUGGAAAGAUAUGUUCCAUAUACUAGAACUCCUGUUGAAGACAGUGAAGAUGAUCAGUAUACCCAGGAAAUUCUUUCUCAUGUUCCUACAAUUCAGCGAAGGGAGAAGCCAGACUUUCAAAGAGAAGAGCAGCACCCUCGUGUUUAUGGAGAUUUCGCUGAGUCAAUGGACUAUGAUGUGAUUACACAAGAAGAACUUUUGCAAGAUGAAAUAUCAUCUGAACUCACACAUGAGGAGCUAUUAUUUGAAGACAGGGACUCUUUUGAGCAUAUUGGGGAUAGUUAUGAAUUUUUUAAUGAGCCAGAGCAAAAAACACCUGUUGAACUUGAAGAUUCAGGAUUUGUGGUGAUGUAUCCUGAAAAAUCAGCAGCAAACAUUCCUGAAAUUGAGAGUCCACAAAGAGAAUCGAAGAAAGCACAGAUAGAUACAUACUGUUAUAACUGCAAAUGUCCAAUAUCUGCUAUUGACAAGCUUUUUGGAGAACACAAGGACCAUGAAGUCACCACCCUAGAUGAUGCUGCAACCAAGAUGAAGGAUCAAUUAGGUGAAUUGCUAAUUGCACUGGAAAAAAAAUCAAUGAAGAUUGAAGAGUUUGUGAGUGAUAUUGAAUCCCUAUUUAACUCUGUGGAGGAAAACUGUAAGAAAAAUGCAGAGUUAUUGGAAAAGCAGAAUGAAGAGAUGCUUAAGAAAAUGGUAACACAAUAUGAUGAAAAAUCAGAAAACUUUGAAGAAGUGAAGAAGAUGAAAAUGGAGUACCUUUAUGAACAGAUGGUUAACUUCCAGCAAACUGUUGAUUCAGCAAAGGAAACUUUGGAGACUACAGUAAAGGAAAUGGAAGAACUCAAUGGAUUUGUUUUCCUAAAUUCAUCUAAAGAAUUGAACAAAAGGUUAUGUUCUGCAAUGGAUGCUACUCGUUCUUUAGAAAAGGUGCCCAGUACAUUUUCACUGUUUGAGCACUAUGAGGACAGUCCAGGAAAGAGCAACCAGAACUCUUUAAAACAUGUGGCUGUCCCACAGACACCGACCUUAAUACCUCAGGAGCCAAAUUCAGCUACCAGCACCUCCAUUGCUGUCUACUGGACUGUGAAUGAAGGGGACGCCAUUGACUGCUUCCAGGUGUAUUGUAUGGAGGAGCUACAAGCCAGCAAAGAUGAGGGAGGUUUGGUAGAAGAAUACAGAGUGACAGUGAAGGAGAGCCACUGCAUUUUGGAGGACCUGGAGCCAGACCGCUGUUACAGCGUGUGGGUCAUGGCUGUGAACUGUACAGGGUGUAGCUUACCUAGUGAAAAAGCCAUUUUUAAAACAGCACCUGCCACCCCCACCAUCAAGGCUGAAGACUGCACAGUGUGUUGGGAUACAGCCACCAUCCGCUGGCAGGUUGCCUCACCAGCAGCAGAGUCCUUCACCCUGGAAUACUGCAGACAGCACUCACCAGAAGGAGAGGGUCUCAGAUCUUUUGCUGGUAUAAAGAAACAUGAAUUGAAGGUAUUCCUGGAGCCCAAUGUGAACUACUUCUUCUACCUGAGGGCUGUCAAUACAUUUGGGACAAGUGAACAGAGUGAAGCUGCUCUCAUCUCAACAAAAGGAACUCGAUUUCACAUACUGAGUGACACAGCUCAUCCCGCUUUGCAAAUCUCCCCUGAUGAAACCGUGAUUUGCCUUCCAGAGAAAGCUACAUUCACUGGGUUUCCAUCAGUCUUGGGUGAACCGUUGCCUGCUCGAGGAUGUCAUUACUGGGAAACUGUUGUCACUGCCUGCAGAAGCUACAGGAUUGGGAUUUGCUAUGAAACAACACCACAGAGCAGUGUUGUGGGACCGAGUGACACUUCCUGGUGCAUGUACUGCUGUCCUACACAAACCAGCUUUCUUUGCAGAUUUUUUCACAUGGAUGUGAUGAGCGAUGUACAUGUGACAGAACAACUGGCCAGGAUCGGCAUCUUGUUGGAUUACAGCGGUGGCAGACUGCUGUUCUUCAAUGCAGAGAGAGGGCUGGUGCUGUUCACCAUCAGGCACAAAUUUACUGAUACUGUUUAUCCAGCCUUUGCCCUGGAGAAGGCUGGAAUGCUUACCCUGCACACAGGAAUAGAUCUGCCAGAGUUUGUGAAGCACAGUUAACCCCUGCUUCACACCCUUAGAAAAACUAACAAUUCCAGCGUUAGGGGCAGAGCGGGGUGUCAGAGAGAGAUGUCAAUUUUCACUGAUGAAUAUUAUGCACACAGCUGUCCCUCACAUCAUCCGUAAUUGCAGGUAGUGCUCAGCCAAGUAAUCACCUGAGCUUGCAGAGGAAACAGCACCUUCAGCUGGAAUGUGCACCUAGUGAUAUACACAGCAGGAUUUUUAAGGGAAAUAAAAAGGUUUGUUAGAUAUGAACAUUAAGGGGAGGGGAGGAAAUGUGCUGUCCCUUUGAAAACGACAGUGUUUUCUGUCUUUUUAAAUUUGAU